ACUCAACUAAUGUCACGUCUAUUUUUUGUUUAUUUCACAAAAUUCUACAAGCUAUAUGAUUUAAGUUAAAUUAUUUGUUUGGUUUAACAUCGGACAAACUUCACAGCGACACCGCCCAUAGUCGUCGUCAUUCAUCCUGGGUCACCGAAGCACAGAGAGGAGGGCGCACGUCUCUGUGUUCAAGGUUCCUCGCAAUGGAGCUGGCUCACAGUCUCCUGCUCAAUGAAGAUGCUUUGGCCCAGAUCACUGAAGCAAAAAGGCCCGUCUUCAUCUUCGAAUGGCUCCGGUUUUUGGAUAAAGUGCUUGUGGCAGCAAAUAAGGUUGAUGUAAAAGAGAAGCAGAAGAAGCUGGUGGAACAGCUGACGGGACUAAUCAGCAGCGCUCCGGGACCACCGACUAGAAAACUCCUGGCCAAAAACCUUGCUACGCUCUACAGCAUUGGUGACACCUUCACUGUUUUCCAGACUCUUGAUAAAUGCAAUGACAUCAUCAAAAGCAAGGAUGACACACCUGCAUACUUGCCAACAAAACUUGCUGCAGUGGCAUGUGUUGGGGCUUUUUAUGAGAAGAUGGGGAGGAUGCUGGGAAGCUCCUUUCCAGAUACCAUCAAUAAUCUUUUAAAGGCAUUAAAGAGUGCAGAGUCACAAGGUAGAGGAGAGAUCCUUCUGAGUCUGCAGAAGGUGCUCAGUGGACUGGGUGGAGCUGCAGCUUCUUGUCACAGAGACAUCUACAAGAAUGCUCGCUCUCUGCUUACAGACAGGUCCAUGGCUGUACGCUGUGCAGUAGCAAAGUGCCUGUUGGAGCUACAAAAUGAGGCUGUAUUCAUGUGGACCACUGAACUGGAGAACGUCGCUACUUUGUGUUUCAAGGCCUUGGAAGGGUCUAACUAUGGCGUUCGGGUAGCCGUAGCGAAACUGCUGGGGACAGUUAUGGCCACGGCCCUGAUGCCUAAACAAGCAGCUGUGAUGCGUCAGAAUGUAAAGCGAGCCACUCUGGAGGAGGUGCUGGAGCUCAUGGCCACAGGCUUUCUGCGCGGUGGAUCUGGCUUCCUGAAGAGCGGAGGAGAGAUGUUGAAGGGGGGAGGCUCUGUCAGCAGGGAGGUGCGGGUGGGCGUCACACAGGCAUACGUUGUGUUUGUGACAACACUUGGCGGUCAGUGGCUUGAGCGCAACUUUGCCACGUUCCUGUCGCACGUGUUGGACCUAGUGUCUCACCCUCGGGCCACGCAGACUCACGUUGAGGCUGUGUACUCGCGCCGCUGCGUCUCCUUCAUGCUGCGCGCCACCUUGGGGGGCUUGCUUGGAGAGAAAGCACAAAUCGCAGCCGGCAAAGAAAUCUGCCAAGCCAUCAGCAAGCAAAUGAGGGCUGUGGGUAAGGAGGAUGGGGGGGAAAUAUCACGGUUCAGAGCAUUACAGAAGGCAGUAGUGAAUGAUAUCAGUGGGGAGAACAAGGCAGGGGCAGGGGAUGUCUCUGCCAGCCAGCAUGUUAUGGUGUGUGCUUUAAAAGAGCUGGGCAGUUUGGUUCAGAGUUUGAGUGCCACAGCUUCACCACUCAUCCAGGAGCCUUCUGUAGGACUUCUUGAAACCGUGACCUCAGUGCUGCUGCACCCAAGCAUGGCAGCACGUUUGGCAGCUGCAUGGUGCUUGCGUUGCGUCGCCGUUGCGCUACCCUAUCAGCUCACCCCUCUGCUGGACCGCUGUGCUGAGAGAAUCAACAACCUGAAGAGUUCGCCUGAGGCUGUAAGCGGCUACAGCUUUGCGAUGGCUGCUCUGCUGGGAGGCGUGCACCAGUGUCCACUGGGUAUCCCCCACACCAAGGGCAAGUUGGUGGUGAGUAUAGCUGAAGACCUUCUGCGAACAGCUGCUCAGAACAGCCGUCUGUCCCUGCAGCGCACGCAGGCUGGAUGGCUUCUGCUGGGGGCCCUGAUGACUUUGGGUCCCUCCCUUGUGCGCUAUCAUCUCCCCAAAAUGCUGCUGCUGUGGAGGAACGUGUUUCCUCGCUCCCAGAAGGAGCUGGAAGCCGAAAAAGCCAGAGGAGACUCCUUCACCUGGCAGGUCACCCUGGAGGGCAGAGCUGGAGCACUGUGUGCCAUGCGUAGUUUCGUGGCCCACUGCCCCGAGCUUCUCACAGAAGACGUAAUCCGCAGGCUGAUGACUCCUAUCGAAUGUGCCAUGACUAUGAUGUCUCAUGUCCCUGCCAUCAUUAAGGUACACGGAGCCCACCUGAAAGCAAGUGCAGCUAUGGUGAGGCUCCGGUUGUACGACAUCUUGGCUCUCUUGCCUCCGAAAACUUACGAAGGCAGCUUCAAUGCUCUCCUGAGAGAACUGGUGGCAGAGUUUACUUUAACCGACAACUCGGCCAACACUACCACGUCUUUGCUGCGCUCUCUGUGUCAUUAUGACGACAGCGUGCUCAUGGGCUCGUGGCUACAGGAGACUGACCACAAGUCCAUAGAGGAUCAGUUGCAGCCCAACAGCGCGUCUGGCAGCGGAGCUCUGGAGCACGAUCCCUCCUCGAUCUACCUGCGUGUCCCCGUAGGCGAGGCCAUCCCAGGACCUCUGCCUUUGGGUGUGUCGGUUAUCGAUGCUUCGGUGGCUCUGUUUGGUGUGGUGUUCCCUCAUGUCUCCUUCAAACACAGGCUGCAGAUGUUAGACCACUUUGCAGAAUGCAUAAAGCAGGCUAAAGGAGUUCGACAGCAAGCCGUCCAACUCAACAUCUUUACUGCAGUCCUUUCUGCCCUCAAGGGUUUGGCUGAGAAUAAGAGCACUCUUGGGCCUGAGGAGGUGCGUAAAUCAGCUCUGGCCCUCGUGAUGGGAGCUUUGGACAACCCUAAUCCCAUCCUGCGCUGUGCUGCUGGAGAGGCCCUGGGGAGGAUGGCUCAGGUGGUCGGAGAGGCAACCUUCAUUGCCAGAAUGGCGCAGACCAGUUUUGAUAAGCUGAAGUCAGCUCGUGAUGUAGUUUCAAGGACGGGCCAUUCACUGGCUCUCGGCUGUCUGCAUCGAUAUGUUGGAGGAAUUGGCUCUGGCCAGCACUUAAAGACCAGUGUCAGCAUCUUGUUGGCUCUAGCCCAGGAUGGCUCUUCACAUGAAGUCCAGACUUGGGCUCUGCACUCUCUGGCUCUAAUUGUGGAUUCAAGUGGUCCCAUGUACAGAGGCUAUGUGGAGCCUACACUGUCUCUGGUGCUCACCCUGCUCCUCACUGUGCCCCCGUCUCACACAGAGGUUCACCAGUGUCUGGGCCGCUGCCUGGGAGCUCUAAUCACUACUGUGGGACCAGAGUUGCAGGGAAAUGGAGCCACUAUUUCCACCAUCCGCUCGUCCUGCCUGGUUGGUUGUGCCAUAAUGCAGGACCACUCAGACUCUCUUGUGCAGGCAGCUGCUAUCUCAUGUUUGCAGCAGCUGCAUAUGUUUGCUCCACGACACGUUAACCUGUCCAGCUUGGUGCCGUGUCUCUGCGUGCACCUGUGCAGCUCUCACCUGUUGCUGCGUCGUGCUGCAGUGGCCUGCCUGAGACAGCUUGCUCAGAGAGAAGCUGCAGAGGUCUGUGAGUACGCCAUGAGCCUGGCAAAGAGAGCAGGAGACAGCAAAGACAGCACUGCAAUCAAUCUAAACAUCACAGAGACGGGUCUGGAGGGCGUUCUGUUUGGCAUGCUGGAUCGGGAGACAGACAGGAAGCUGUGCUCAGACAUCCAUGACACACUCGGCCACAUGCUGUCGUCUUUGGCCGUAGAAAAACUUUCCCAUUGGCUGAAACUCUGCAAGGAUGUUCUUGCAGCAACUACAGAUGUAGGGGGCGCUGUUGUGUUUGAGGUGGAAAAGGACGAGGAAGACUCGGAGAAAAAAGACGAGAUGGACGAUGACACAAUGUUCACGGGUCUAGGCGAAGACGACAAAUCGAAGCCAUCUGUGGCGCCGCGCUGGGUCACACGGGUGUUUGCGGCAGACUGUUUGUGCCGCAUCAUCCUGCUGUGUGAGAAUGCAGACAAAACACACUUUGACCUGGCAGCUGCUCGUUCGGCGCAGGCCAAGAAUGUGAAAGGAGAUCUGCUGGUGCUCCAUUUAUCUGACCUCAUCCGCAUGGCUUUCAUGGCAGCCACAGACCACAGCAACCAGCUGAGGAUGGCUGGCCUGCAGGCUUUGGAAGACAUCAUUAAAAAGUUUGCAUCCGUACCAGAGCCCGAGUUCCCGGGGCACGUUAUCCUGGAACAGUACCAGGCCAAUGUUGGAGCUGCUCUCAGACCUGCGUUUUCACCUGACACGCCGUCCGACAUUACAGCAAAGGCAUGCCAGGUGUGCAGUACGUGGAUCGGCAGUGGCGUUGUCAGUGACCUCAAUGACCUGCGGCGAGUCCACAACCUGCUUGUGUCAUCGCUGGACAAGGUGCAGGCUGGGAAAGGCUCGUCCAGUCAGCUGUAUAGUGAGAGCGCUACCACGAUGGAGAAACUGGCAGUGCUGAAGGCGUGGGCUGAGGUCUAUGUGGUAGCAAUGAAGAUCAAAAAAGAGGCUGAGUCUAAACCUGCAAAACCAGUCAGAAGUGGAGAUGACGACGAGGAUGAGGAGGAUCUGGGAACAGACGUGCUUCCCCCUGACAGUCUUAUCACCCUGGUGCAGCCAGAGCUGCCCUCACUAAGCCGCCUGUGGCUGGCCAUGCUGCGAGACUAUGCUCUGCUCACUCUGCCUGCUGAGUUCUCCAGUCAGCUGCCCCCUGAUGGUGGAGCAUUUUAUACCCCGGAGACUAUAGAUACAGCAAGGCUCCACUACCGAAGCUCCUGGGCUCCUGUCCUGCAUGCCGUAGCCCUGUGGCUGAACAGCACUGGGUUUGGAGCAGGUGUAGGUCAGGAGGAGGUCUCAUCAGCUCCCUCCAAGCCUCCUGGCCUCCCCCAGGGAGGCUCCACCACUAUAAAGACCUUUGAGGAGUCUGUCAAAGACAGAAUGCAUCUAAUGUUAGGUGUCAGUAUAGAAUUUCUCUGCUUUCCCCGCCCUGAAGAGCCUAUUGAACAUGUGAUGUCGUGCCUGCGGGCCCUGUGCACUCUGCUCGAGACUCCUUGUGCUAAAACACAUAUUGCAGAUGACCAGCUGCUGGCUGUGGAGCUCCUGAACGUGCUUCACAGGCUUCUGUUGACUCGGGAUCCACCUGCUGUCCAGCUUCAGGUCACUGCUGUUGUCCAGGAGACCAUCAGGGCUGCACAUGACCAUCUACAGCGACAGAAAACAGCAAAAGGCAAAGAGGAAGAUGGCGAGAAAGACUCUCAGGCCAGCCUUGGAGAAGGAGGGGACACAGGGGAGCUCGUCCCCGGCAAGUCUCUGGUGUUCGCCGCCAUGGAGCUGCUCGUGUUCAUCCUGGUCCGCCACUUACCCCAGCUUAAUACACGUGUGAAGGAGUCGCCCAGCCAUGUGCCACUCAGGCCUCAGCGACUACCUGAAGAAAGUGCCCGCCUGGUGGCAAACGCAGUUUCCAUCCUGGCAGAGCUGCCCUCGCUCUGCUCUCCAGCUGGAAGCAUGACCAUCCUACCUACAGUGCUUUUCCUCGUCACCGGAGUUCUGAAGGAAACUGCAGUAAAGACUCCUGACAACUUGGUGCCAGUGCCUGUGGCAGCUGCCCUCCAGAGCAUUAAGACCAUCUUCACCUCUCCAAUAGCCCGGAUGGAGAGCGUGCAGACGCAGUGGACCAGCCUUGUGAGGAGCAGCCUGGCAUCUGUACUUGAGUAUUCGCAGCCAGAUGAGUCCAGGCCUGACAUGGAUGAGGUCAGUAUGCUGACAGCGAUCACACUCUUCCUGCUGUCAGCCAGCAGUGAGCUUGUAGGAGUGACUGUCCUGCAAAAGGGCUGCAUGGACCACUUCCGAAAUGCCCUCAACUCUAGUGACCCCUGGGUUCAGGCUCGGUGUUACCAGCUGCUGUUGUCGGUGUUUCAACACUCCAGCCGUGCCCUCUCUACUCCCUACAUACACGCUCUGGCUCCACUCAUGGUGGAGAAGCUGAAGGCAGUGGAGCGCAGCCGCCCAGGGACGGCUGCUGAGCUGCAGGCUGUGCAGGAGGGAAUCAGGGUCCUGGAGAAUCUGGUGGGCAUGGGUGAAGAGCAAAACCGGGUGCAGCUGCUCGCUCUCCUUGUACCGACUCUCGUCUCUUACCUUUUGGAUGAAAAUUCCAUCUCCUCUGCACCCCAAGUUUCCAAAGGCCUGCACGAGUUUGCACUUCAGAACUUGAUGCGGAUCGGCCCCCUCUAUCCGGCUGCCUUCAAGAUAGUGAUUGGAGCGGCACCUGAGCUGAAAACCCGUCUGGAAUCUGCUAUACGGGCCAACCAGGCCAGCAGCAAAGCCAAAGCUGCAGCCAGGCAAGCUCAGCCAGCAGUGCAAGCUGCACCAACCAUUAAACUCAAGACGAGCUUCUUCUGAACACUCCAAAAUGCACCGCACACUCUCACCUAAUCUUUUCCUCUUUGGAUUUCUUUCAACACUGUACCACAUGUCAUGUCUGUAUCAGUUAUGCUUUCUAACUGCAUUUAUUUAUUCUACAUCUCUUCUUUGUUUUGAUGGACGAGUAUUCCCCUCAAAGAACGUUUAUGUAAAUAUCUUUGAAAGCCUUUGAAUGUUCACUUUAAAAAGCUUGCUAUAAAUUUUGUAGGAAAUUUUAAUUGUGUGAAUGUAUCAUUUCCAGACCACACAAUUUACAUUUUACUUUCUUUUUUUUGUUCCCCCCAAGUCACCAAACCCAGCUCUCUAUGGAAGUUUGUUUCUGACACUUUUUUUUUCAGGCAGAGCUAAAUUGAAAUUUGAAAAAAUCCUCUCAAAACUUACUUACGAAGUAUGUUUUCAGGUACAAACCAUGACUUUUGACUUACAGAGGGCAAAAAAUAAAUAAAUAAAUCAGGUGGCAGAAAUAAAAUUCCAGAAAAAGUCAAUAUUUGCUCUACAAUUUUCCUUGAUUUUUUUUUUUUUUUUUUAGGAGGCCUCGGGGUCUCCAGGUUGUUACUGAUGAAUGUUACUUUAAUUUCUUAUGUUUUGUGUGUUUUCUCAAAUUAUGUUGUAAACCUUCCUACUAAUUGCUCAAAGGCAUAGCUAAUAAAUUAAAGUUGAUCAAACCAGUAUCGAGACUAAAAUUAGAACAAUCUAAAUGAUGAAUGCAUUAUAUUUUUCACUAAGACUCUCCAGUUAUCUGCACACCAAUCAACAAAUAAAUAAUUAUAUAUAUAUGUAUAUAUAUAAGUACUGGUCAUCACAUAGUUUUUUGAUUUUUUUUUGGUCUGAUAAAUACCCGUGUUUACUGCCUGCAUGUGCUGGUGUUCACCAAUGUCAUCAAUAACUGGCACAUUUGUGUAAAUGUAAUGUUACACUCAAUUUUUUUUUCCAAAAUAUGAAUAAACUUAUUUUGACCUCA